UUCCCUGAAAAGAAAUUACGAACUCGAGAGAACUGUAUCUUAUUUCGGCAGAAAUUGUCUCCGGAGGAGAAAAGGGCGAGGGCGACGGCGAAGAGGGAAGCCGCGCUUCGCGCGAAACGGGAGAGAGAGAUUUUCCUGAAAAAGGAGCACUUGAAGAGGGAGGUCGCCCUAAGUGCGGCGAACUUGAAAAAAAUCCGAGGAAAAUGGCGAGAGACGAUGAGGAAAGUGACGCUGCCAUCCUUCAAGGAGGACCUGGAGGUGGCCUGGCGCACCUUCGAUCGUGCCCUUGACAUUAAGGACUACAGUAUCAGUCUGUUAAUGGACGCGGUAUCGGCCGCCGAAGAGCAGUAUCAGAUGAACUUCCGGUCCCACGUGGAUGGGAUAGAUCGAUUGAUGGGGAUCUUCGGCAAAAGGUUGCACCAGGAGCAGAGGAACUAUCGGCGAGAUCUCGAAGAGAUGUUGGCAGGUUCCGAGCUGGAAAACACGGAGAUUAGUAACGUGCACACCGAGGACGAGACCGUCCUCCAGGCGAUGAUAUUCGCGGUAGAACAUCGAAACGAGGAGUUCUUGAACAACGUUAAAAGUGGGACCAUCACCAAGGUGGACGCAAUGGACGGAGAGAACAAGGAAGUUCAACGCCUAACUGGUACCCAGAUGGAGAAGCAACUUGGCACCCUCUGCGAACAUUUACAGAAAAUCUUGACAGCGUACUUGACAAAAACCGCGGAUAAGAGAAAGCUCUACGAAGCCCUCAGGACGAAGGACGAGAAGGAACGAGGGAUCAUCGAGCGUCAGAUGGCUCGCACUAUCUCUCUGUACGAAUCGAUUAGAAAAUUUCGGGAGAAAAUCGGAACCUUCAGGACCUCCGCCGACAAGGAGGUCCAGGAGAUCGCGAAAGAGCGGGACUUCUUUCAGGCCGCCUAUUGGGCUGCAAAAGACAAAUUCGCGUCAGGUGAAAUUCGCUUUCUUUGUAAAAUAAAAAAAAACUCCCUAAUGUGGUCGAAAGAAAAUUUAAUUUCAGACCAAGAAAAGGACAAGAGCCAGUUGAAAGUAAUGACGAUCGAGUACAAGCGAACCACGGGACACUUGGAACAAUUGGUAAACAAAGCCGAGCAGAUUUUAACAAUGGUACAGAUGUGCAGAAAAUUCGAGACGCUCGAUGAAAAGAUCUUGCCAUUUGUUAAUCCUACCGAGUUGGAGGAAUCGGUGACGAUUACGUCGAUUCGAUCAGACUGGGACGACAGUCAUCAAAUCCUCGAGGAAUUCCAAAAUCUGGAGCAAUUCUGGCGCCGGGUCAGCGCGGCGCAAUUAAUAACUUCGGAAUUGCGAGUGAAGAGGGACAAGUUGAAAAAAGAAACGCAUUGUUUGCAGGAAUGUCUUCGGCAUUGCAUUUCCGUGAGAGCAGGAAACGCCGAGACUUUGUCGGAGAAAGAGAAACUGGGAAAUAUUAGAAACUCAUCGGUCCACAAGAUGCAAAGUCUGUCCAUCGAGGACUUUUAAGUGAUCCAAGAAAAACCCUUCGUUGCUUCUCGUCCCUUUUUCCACUCUCUGUGAACCUCUUAUUGCUCUAGCAAUUUAUUUAUUCGAAGUCUGUACAAGUAGAAAGCGAUAAACCUGACGAACUUAUAAUUAACAAGUCUUCGCAGCAAGUAUCGCAGGAAUGUGUAACAGAUCCGUACAAAACGACUGUUCGCGUUCAGUCCUCCACCCUCUAGUCAGUUUUUUUUUUUAAUAAUAUGAGUACGUACGAUCGUAUAUUUUUCCAAGUCUGACGGGAGAAACAAAUCUGACGAAAUAUUUAGCGUCUGCUCUAACGCUCAGGUUA